UGCCAGGUUGCGGUGACAUGGUAUUGUUUUUUGAAUGGCACGGGACAGCUGUGGACCAGAAGAGCAGUGCUGGUUUGCCAAUGACUGGUGAAGACACUGGUUUGGGGGCUUUGGCCUCACCGCUGGCGGGGUAUUCGGGAAAAGUCAGUAGAGCUCUUGCUUUCCUCACUGUGGUCACUUGCGCAAAGCUGAAUUAAAUUUGAAAAAUACUGUGAUUGGGCAGUACCUAUCCAAAUUAUAAAAACAAACAAAAAAAAAAACACCAAUGGAAAUCUUUGGUAGUAAAAGGCGAAAGUUUUUGGGAGGGCUUGAGGCCCAAAAUGAUGUGGAGUGUCAAAGGUUGGCAUAUGUAUUACAUAUUGUUAUACGAGACAUGCUUCAUGAAAAUUUAGUCAGAGGUUAUUUGAAAUAGAAGAAUGUUUUACCAUUCCUGCUUUCUUUUGUUUCAUGUACUUUUAUGCAAAUUUGACACCAGAAGCUGUGGAAUUCCUAUUCACACACAAGCGAUGCUGUCUAACUAGUGCCUCACCUCUGACAAAUCUGAGGCCACAAAAAACAACAAAUAUCGAAAAACAUAAAUUUGACCUGAAAGUUAUUCUCAGCACUUCUUGCCCUUACAUGUAUGCUCCACUUCUGCAAGGUUCAGGAAAGAGCUGCUUCACUGGAGCAUUGUCCCUGGUGUACUUCAAAGGGCUUAACCUAUGCUCUGCGCUCUUACCGCAUCAACCUCCAGGAGUCAAUCACCCUCUGCACAAACCCUCAGUGCAUUUUCCCUCUGGUCAGCCGCCCCUUGCAGGAUGUUUUGGCCAGCUUGGACCCUGCGGAGCCCAGUGUUGGGAACAAAAGAAAUUAUCCCUUGCCACUGGAAAAGGAAGAGUCGAUUAAACAGUCACCCAAACGCCUGCGAUCAAGCGAGCUUGACAGUUUUGGGACGCAAAGUUUCACUGACACGCUUAUCUGCCAGGCAGAGCUUUGUGUGGAAAACACCGUCAGCAAUGGCCAACAACAUGCAGCACCCAAGGCAGAUGGUGAAAAGGACAACGGAUUCAACGGGGUCUUUGAUCAUCCGGUUCCAGAGACAACAGAAGGGGGAUCACUACAAGAUGAGGAGUUUGUUCUGUGGAAGGAACCGGAUGACAUUGCUCUUCCAGAAGGUUUUGCUGGUGGGGAUGUGCCGGCGCUCUCUCCUCACUGUGGUGCUCUCGGUAUGUCCGAGGCAGAGGAAGACUCCAGGCAGGUGAAGAGUCUUCCUGAGCUGCUGAACAGACGGUGCAGUCUGGCCUCCAAUCAGUCCAUCUCCACAAAUGGGGACAUUUAUUCAACUGCAAUCAAUAGUCGAUCGCCUCAGCUCAGUGAGCAGACGGCCGCGACGGAACAAAAACCACUUCCUGCAGAUGUCACCACAUGUGAGGACAAAGCGGACAUUGAGUCCGAAACUGUGGAUUUUUCUUCUACGCCAGUCACGGACUCAGACGAGCUUGUGUCUGUCCCAAAUCAGCUGUCCUGGUGGAACAGGGACAACCUGUGUUGGCUGGACUCGCUGCUCACCGCUCUAGUAAACUGUAAGAGCUUGAGGAAGUGUAAACCUCCAGACGAGCCCCAGCAGUCUUCUGUCUGGCAGCUGAUGAGAGCGUAUGAGGACAUUUGUGCUGCUACUCAAGUCCAUCAACAGACCGGCAGAGAUGGCGUGGUCAGGGUGCCAAAUCAUGUGCUUCAAAAGGCCAGUGCUGACCUUCACAGUCUCAGGAUGUCGGUCUUCAAACUACUGAAGCCCAAGCUGCACUGUAAGCUGGGUAAAAGGGAAACGCCCGUAUUUGCCAUGCCACUUCUGCUUGCGAUGGACUCCUGGGCGGAGCCUCUCUUCAGAUUGACCUUUCAGUGGGAGUUCAGGUGCAGUGAAUGCGGAGCUGUUUCAAAUGAAAGGUUCAUGAAAACUCUUCCCACCUUCACAAAUAUUGUGCGCGACUGGCGCCCACUUCACGCAGUCCACCUGGCCCCAUGCAACGUCUGCUGCAGAAAGAAUCAGAUGAGGACUAUGAUGCUGGAGAGUGUGCCUCCAGUGUUUGUGCUGCACUUUGUUGAGGGGCUUCCUGACGACGACGUCAGACUCUACACCUUCAACUUCAAGGGGAGACGCUACUCGGUCACCACAGUCAUACAGUACGACCAGCAACUGAAGCACUUUGUCACCUGGGUCUGUCAGUCUGACGGCUCAUGGCUGGAAUAUGACGACUUGAAACAUCCUGACUGUGAGACCCACGAGAAACUCCCGGUCCCCGCCCAGGAGAUGCACAUCGUCUUCUGGGAAGUGGAGGAGGAGAAAGUGCCUCGUCUCUGUUCUCCCUCCAGCACUUUCUCUGACUCUUUUCCAUCUAAAACCGACUUGAACCUUGGUCUAAGUGACAAAGCCUUAGCAGCAGAUGAGGUGUCAGCUUGCUCUCCCGAUCAGUCUCUUCUCGCGUCUCACAAUGACAUUCUCUGUGCGCUCUCAGUAUCUGAUGGCGGCGGCAACAUCAUGGAAACAACCGUUGCGGCCGAUGCGUCGAUAGGCUCCACAACGCUGCUCGACACCUUCGAGGGCCUCAGUCAUAACGACAUCAUCACGCUCACACUGGUUGAACUAAAGCCCGAUUCAGAAAUGACGCCUGUAGAUGACAGCGAGCCGACAUGGGAUUCCACAAAGAAAGACGUUUCACCGGACAGCUCCUCCACUGUAAUGGACAGUGUUGUGUGUCACGGCCCCGAUGCUGCUGUUCCCACCACCACCAUCACCUGCUCAUCCGACCCUGCAUCUGGGGACAGCUCGUCCAGCGAUCCGACAUUUGUGCCCGGUGCCAGGAGAGGCAGAGGGAGAGGGAGAGGAACUGGCAGAGGCAAAACUGUUGGUCGACAAAAAGAUAAAAAAGCAGCCUCAUCAAUGGCCACUCCACGUUUUUCACCACCUGUGUCCUCGGAAGUGAUCCGUGACAAACCCGUGGGUGCUGCUGUUCAAGACAACACGCCUCCCUCGAUUUCCCCUGAGGCCUCCUCCCUGCCCACCGCUCAGAAUAGUCCCACGAGACCGACACAAGAUGAGAACGCUCGCUGGUCCUUCCUUAUCAGCAGACACCCACUAAACCAUGAUCAAAAGUUCACUGUAAAACCCGCCCCCACCCGCACACCCGUCUCAGCCACACAAGUGAAGCACAUUCCCACCACUCACUCUACCCCCAACCCUGUGAGAAGACAGCAGAUUCCUGGGGAACUCUUCCCCAGACCACAGCUCAGGACGGAGGAGAGCGCGGGUCUGCCGCUGAAAGCCGCAGAAAUGUACGGCGGAUUCAGCGCCAAGAGCUCGAGCACACCAUCGCCCGCCCUCCUCAGCGGCAGGUCAAAGCCGUUUCCACCCAUCACUUCUCACAACCAAAAACCGCUGACAAACACAACAGCGGCGUCUCGUUCAUUACUCCCCACUCCCAACGCAAACAGACACCCCGAGAUCUCCUCCUCCAAGAAUCGGAGCAGCCGGUCUCCGAAUCUUCCUCCGGGUCUCAGCACCACUGAUGUCCUCAGGUACAAGUUGUUGAAGAAACUGAAGGCAAAGAAGAAGAAGCUCGCCAAGCUGAACGAAGUGUUGGGUCAUCAGGGGGAAGCGAGCCUCCGACCAGAGAGCACUGACCUGACCUCUCCUAACACGGUAACCUCCACUACCUACGAUGGCUCCAUCUGCGAUGACCUGCUGUCGGACCUGCUCUCACCGGCCACGACGGCCAGCACCCUGUCGACGGACGGCGCCGACGACGACUACCUGGAGAUGCUCGUCAAAGGAGGAGUCAACCAGUUCGACUGUGGGGUCAAUGCCGUCGGCGCAGCGUCACAAACCAACACUUGUGUGAACUCUGAAAUCUUCAUGGAUGAGUUUUUCUCUCAGGCUUCAGCUCAGGGGCCGCCCGAGAUGGACAGCGAUGUUAACGUUGACUUUCUGCUGUGCGACAGCUAUGCAAAAUUUUCUUUGUGACAAUGUGCAAUUCAUCUAUCAGCAGGGAUGUAUUAUUACAGCCAGUUUUCUUAAGUUAUUGAAUUCUCCUUCGUUGUUCUGUUAAGUUAGUUUGGUUUACUUAUUCUCUUUAGCCUCUCUGGCACUAACGGGCAUCACAUAAUAUUAAAGACCACACACACAUGUACACGUCCAACUGGUUUGAACUUUUCAAAUUCAAAGAAACAACUGCAAAGUGUAAUAUCUCUGUUUACUAUAGUUGAGAUGGACAGAUGGAACGUCUGGUCCUCUGUUUGAAUAUGUAACAUGUUGAGGAAAAAAAAAUUGAGGCAUUUUUGAUCACUUAAAAAAGGGACAGUUAAUUCCCACAGUUUCUAUCAGUAUCAGUUUGAUAGUUAUUCCUUAAAUCACAAUCAAUACGACCAACUGUGCUUUCAAAGUAAGUAGAAGAAUCAAUCAAUAUAAUGUCAUUACGAAUGUUGAUUGCCCUUAAGGGGGGUUAAAAACGGUACAACACACAAUCCAAACUAACUACCUACAAUGAUUCAAAUGCGGGGAUUGUCAAAUUGAAGUAGUGAGAUCUCUUGGUGUGUGUGUGUAUAUAUAUAUAUAUUGCUUAAAAUUUAAAUAACUUCAUGAAGUUUGUAUAUGUGUCAACAAUGUUGGCGAUUGGUAUGUCGAAUUUGCAAACUGCAUCUUGGAAUGUUUUUCUGCGAGUUUGGCACCUGUGUAGUUUUGUAUAUACUGUGUUUGAAAGAAGCCAUCAAGUUUGCAGCCAAAGCUGUCGGAAUGCUCUGUUAUUUUAUUUUGAUCAACUACUUGAGAAAUCUUGUGCAAGAUGUUCCUUUUUUUUAAGUAUCAUUUAAUAAAUACUGUAAAAUUUA